UGCGACUACCUGUGGGCGUCCCCGUAACCAAGAUCCAGGCGCAUGAAGCUGUGAACAUGCAGGUUAUGCGUGGGCGGACAUGUAUAAACACGCACCAGAAGCCUCGAGACAUUCUGACAAGUAACCAUGACUCUACUCAACAACUUAAGUCAGCCUUGGUCGUUCGCUGACAUGGCUUCCCAGGGCAGAGAGUCUAGAGUCAUUAUCAUGGGAUCUACCGGGGCUGGCAAAUCGGAGUUCGCUAACUGCGCCAGCGGGUCGUCUGACUUUUUGGUUGGUCGUAGCCUUUCAAGUUGCACGACCGAAGUAUGCACGUCGAAGCCAUUCCCAGUGGAUGGGAAGAUAGUCACGGUAAUUGACACGCCAGGGUUCGACGACACUCGACGUGGCGACGCAGGAGUCUUGUCCUCUAUUGCAGCCUAUUUGUCCAAGUCGUAUGAACAAGGCAUCAAACUAACAGGGGUCAUAUUUUUGUGUCGGAUUACGGAUAUCCGCAUGGCCGGUACAGCGCAACGCACCUUCCGUAUCUUCCGCGAACUCUGCGGAGAAAGCACAUUCGGGCAUGUUCUCAUCGUCACUAACAUGUGGGAAAAAGAGAAACUCGAAGUCGGUGAGAGGAGAGAGCAGGAGCUUUCGACCAAGUAUUUCAAACCUGUGCUUGACAGGGGCGCUCGCAUGGUUCGCCACGACGGAACGCGGGCAUCGGCCCUCAAUAUCCUUCGACAUCUCCUUGACAACGAUGCAACUGCCCUCACCAUACAACAAGAAAUCGUAGAUGAGCACAAGCAGCUCGCCAAUACUGCUGCAGGGAAGGAACUAACGAGUGCACUGAGGGAGCAAGCUCAGAAUCAUGAUGAAGAACUCCGGAUUCUGCGCGCAGAAUUGGAAGCAGCAAUGAAGGCUAGGGAUGAGGAGACACGACGGGAAGUGCAGGAAGAGCUCGAAAAGAAGCGGGAAGAGCUCGCCCGUAUCAAGCGAGAUGUGGAGAGUAUGACAGAGAGGUUCGCCUCUGAUAAAACCAGGCUCGAGUCAAGAAUCGCGGAAACAGAAGCGGUCAAUCGCCAACACGUUGAACGAUUGCAGGACAUGCAAAACCUAGUCAGCCAGGCUCUCCUGCAAAUGACGAAAUUUCAGGCGGAGGCUGUUCAGCCAAAGGAAGCAGAAGAGCGUCAGGCUCGCAUACUAGCAGAGGAGCGCCUUGCGAAUAUGCUAGCCAACAUGAAACAUCGCGAGGAACUCCAGACUAUCCAAACCGAGAUGAAUAAGCGUCUGUGCGCUCUCCAGGACGAGAUUUCCAGGAUGAAAUUGGGGAGGAAGGGUGACGAACAAUGCCAGGCCGAUCCAGAAGCAACCGAGACUUGUGCUAGCAGGCAGACAAGGGGCCGGGACACCGACCAGAGGGAGAGGGAUGAAGAAAGAAUAGCUAGACUGGCUCACCUCGUCAACAUGAUAGUCGGAUUCGUCAUAACUAAGUGGACUAAGGGCCCAACGAACCCAGCCAUCCCAAAAAUGUGUUAGCGAUCAUCGAUCAUCUUUGUUCAUCGUUCCGUAGACUAUGAAUGUAGCCGUUACCUAAGUAUACUUCGACGGAAAGACUUGAAGCUUUGGCUGCCCGUUACUGAGAAAACUUCAAAUUACAUAAAUAAAUCUACGUUUGCGUAGUGUCAAUUUCUAUCUUUGGGCGA